CAGCGAUGAAGGGCUACACACUAGCAGAGACGAUUGAAGCCUGGACCACAGAAGUCUCGAAUCGCGGCAACUACGCAUUGAGGCGAGACGGGCGACAUAAAGGGCGUCCAUUUACAGAAUUCCUGCUUGCAGAGGAUAUACGAGCCCAUCGUAGAGCCGCCGAGCGCGAUAAGGAUCAAGCCCGCAAGACGCCCGAGAUUCUAGCUGCUCACCCAGUUGAAGAGCUUGAGAAUGUAGCCAGUCGAUUGCUCGAGAAGCGCUCGCACUCGCAACUCCAAUCAAAUGAUCAUCCUGCUGAGCAAAUGGUCACGGAAGAAGACAAAACAGACGAACAGGCUCGUAUGGGACAGUCGAAGGCUCCACGUCUGGAUAAUCACAGCGAUCGCGGAAAGACUAACGGGAGUGCUUCUCGUCAUCUCGACCAGAGCAGUCGUACUGCCAAAACGAAUAACGUCGUUGCAAACUCAACAAGUGGUCUUCGAAACGCUGGCAAGAGCAAUGCUGUCGCUAAAUCGAACCCUGUCGUCACAAGUUCCGCCGACAAGAACAACGUCGCUGAGACACCUGAUCAGAGCGGCGCAGGACCAGUCGAUUAUCAUAGAAGCGAUGACAACGCGGUUGUGAAAGCGAACAGUGCAAGCGCAAAAGCGGACAGCGACCAUCGAGGCACAAACACCAUACAAGGGAACAGCACUGGCGAGCACCCGGCCAGUGACCAUCAAAGCAACGACAACAUGCAAUUAGUCGUGAGAGGUAGCAACGCAAUUGCCAACUCGGUCGGUGUUCAGUGUGCCAAUGCUGGCGUAGUGGUUGAGCUUCGUCAGGCAAUAGCCAGAAUUGCUGAGCUGACCGACUCUCUGAUCGUGAACGCUUUGCCUUGUUCCAUGUGUGAGAGAUGUGAGCCAUUGGCAACUCGGCUUGCUCGAAACCUAAACCUCUAUGUCAAACCAUUGAUUGAGGAUUUGGAGCAUAGAGUUCAGCACAAUCCAAAGUGGCGUGACACGAAUUAUGAUGAUGAUUAUGAGAGAAGCGAUCGGCCACCGAUGGGAAGAAAGGGUCUCAUUUUCUUCGCCUUUGAUGGUCAUUGACUUAAUCUAACAAACGAGUUCGACAGCGGAUAUUGCAACGGCAGUUGAAACGCAUUGCCACUUGAGGCACACAUUCUUGGAAGACAAUACUUCCGCAGAUUGAGAUUUCAUUUUGCAAAACAAUUAGGAAAUUUGCAUUCAUCAAAUCAUUAGUAAGCAGCAUGCUGCAACUUGCGAUGAGUAAUCAGUCACCUUUCCCACCUGGGCAAUCUUGGAAUAUGG